AUGUCUUUCGAGGGAGCCAGGCUCAGCAUGAGGAGCCGGAGGAACGGCGCAUUGGGCAGCACGCGGACUCUCUACUCCAGCGUAUCUCGGAGCACAGACGUGUCCUACAAUGAGAGUGACUUGGUCAAUUUCAUUCAAGCAAAUUUUAAGAAACGGGAAUGUGUCUUCUUCACCAAAGAUUCCAAGGCCACGGAGAAUGUGUGCAAAUGUGGCUAUACCCAAAGCCAACACGUGGAAGGCACCCAGAUUAACGACAACGAUAAAUGGAAUUACAAGAAACACACCAAGGAGUUUCCAACAGAUGCCUUUGGCGAUAUUCAGUUUGAGACACUGGGAAAGAAAGGAAAGUACAUCCGUUUGUCCUGCGACACAGACGCAGAAACCCUCUACGAGCUGCUGACCCAGCACUGGCACCUCAAAACACCCAACUUGGUCAUUUCCGUGACCGGAGGCGCCAAGAACUUCGCCCUGAAGCCGCGCAUGCGCAAGAUCUUCAGCCGGCUGAUCUACAUUGCCCAGUCCAAAGGUGCCUGGAUCCUCACUGGAGGUACUCACUAUGGCCUGAUGAAGUACAUCGGGGAGGUAGUGAGAGACAACACCAUCAGCAGGAAUUCGGAAGAGAAUAUCACAGCCAUCGGCAUCGCAGCUUGGGGCAUGGUCUCCAACCGUGACACGCUCAUCAGGAAUUGCGAUGAUGAGGGCUACUUUUCAGCUCAGUACAUCAUGGAUGACUUCAAGAGAGAUCCUCUGUACAUCUUGGAUAACAACCAUACCCAUUUGCUGCUUGUGGACAACGGCUGCCACGGGCACCCCACGAUCGAGGCAAAGCUCCGCAACCAGCUGGAGAAGUACAUCUCGGAGCGCACUAGCCAAGAUUCCAACUAUGGUGGCAAGAUCCCCAUUGUGUGUUUUGCCCAGGGAGGAGGAAGAGAGACUUUGAAAGCCAUCAACACCUCCAUCAAGAGUAAAAUCCCAUGUGUGGUGGUGGAAGGCUCGGGGCAGAUCGCUGACGUGAUCGCCAGCCUGGUGGAUGUGGAAGAUGCCUUGACCUCGUCCAUGGUCAAGGAGAAGCUGGUACGCUUUUUACCACGCACAGUGUCCCGGCUUCCAGAGGAGGAAAUUGAGAACUGGAUCAAGUGGCUCAAAGAAAUUCUCGAAAAUUCUCACCUAUUAACAGUUAUUAAAAUGGAAGAAGCUGGGGAUGAGAUUGUGAGUAAUGCUAUCUCCUACGCUCUGUAUAAAGCCUUCAGCACCAAUGAACAAGACAAGGAUAACUGGAAUGGACAGCUGAAGCUUCUUUUGGAGUGGAACCAGCUGGAGCUCGCCAGCGACGAGAUCUUCACCAAUGACCGCCGAUGGGAGUCUGCUGACCUGCAAGAAGUCAUGUUCACAGCCCUCAUAAAGGACAGGCCCAAGUUUGUCCGCCUCUUUCUGGAGAAUGGCUUGAACCUGCAGAAGUUCCUCACUAACGAGGUUCUCACCGAGCUCUUCUCCAGCCACUUCAGCAGCCUGGUGUACCAGAACCUGCAGAUUGCCAAGAAUUCCUACAACGACGCUCUCCUCACGUUCGUCUGGAAGCUAGUUGCAAACUUCCGGAGAAGCUUCUGGAAGGAAGACAGAAAUAGCAGGGAUGAAGUGGACGUGGAGCUUCAUGAUGUGUCUUUCACUACUCGACACCCCCUGCAAGCUCUCUUUAUCUGGGCCAUUCUUCAGAACAAAAAGGAGCUCUCCAAAGUCAUCUGGGAACAGACCCGAGGCUGUACUCUGGCAGCUCUAGGAGCCAGCAAGCUUCUGAAGACCCUGGCCAAAGUAAAGAAUGACAUCAAUGCUGCUGGGGAGUCUGAGGAGCUGGCCAAUGAGUAUGAGACCCGUGCAAAUUUUCUUUCCAAGCAGUGGUAUGGAGAGAUUUCUCGAGACACCAAGAACUGGAAGAUUAUUCUGUGUCUGUUUAUCAUCCCCUUGGUGGGCUGUGGCCUUGUAUCAUUUAGGAAGAAGCCCAUCGACAAGCACAAGAAGUUGCUUUGGUACUACGUAGCCUUCUUCACCUCGCCCUUCGUGGUCUUCUCCUGGAACGUGGUCUUCUACAUCGCCUUCCUCCUGCUCUUCGCCUACGUGCUGCUCAUGGACUUCCACUCGGUGCCGCACACGCCCGAGCUGAUCCUCUACGCGCUGGUCUUCGUCCUGUUCUGUGAUGAAGUGAGGCAGUGGUACAUGAACGGGGUGAACUACUUCACUGACCUCUGGAACGUCAUGGAUACGCUGGGGCUCUUUUAUUUCAUCGCGGGGAUCGUGUUCCGGCUCCACUCUUCUAAUAAAAAUUCUUUGUAUUCUGGACGAGUCAUUUUCUGCCUGGAUUAUAUUAUAUUUACCUUACGGUUGAUUCACAUUUUCACCGUAAGCAGAAAUCUAGGACCGAAGAUCAUAAUGUUGCAGAGAAUGCUGAUCGAUGUGUUCUUCUUCCUGUUCCUCUUUGCGGUGUGGAUGGUGGCCUUCGGGGUGGCCCGGCAGGGUAUCCUCAGGCAGAAUGAGCAGCGCUGGAGGUGGAUUUUCCGCUCAGUCAUCUAUGAGCCCUACCUGGCCAUGUUUGGCCAGGUGCCCAGCGACGUGGACGGGACCACCUACGACUUCUCCCACUGCACCUUCUCCGGGAACGAGUCGAAGCCGCUGUGCGUGGAGCUGGAUGAGCACAACCUGCCCCGCUUCCCAGAGUGGAUCACCAUCCCCCUGGUGUGCAUCUACAUGCUGUCCACCAACAUCCUGCUGGUCAACCUGCUGGUCGCCAUGUUCGGCUACACAGUGGGCAUAGUGCAGGAGAACAAUGACCAGGUCUGGAAGUUCCAGAGGUAUUUCCUGGUGCAGGAGUACUGCAGCCGCCUCAACAUCCCCUUCCCCUUCGUGGUCUUCGCUUACUUCUACAUGGUGGUGAAGAAGUGUUUCAAAUGCUGCUGCAAGGAGAGGAACAUGGAGUCUUCUGCCUGCUGUUUCAGAAAUGAGGACAAUGAGACGCUGGCAUGGGAGGGUGUCAUGAAGGAAAAUUACCUGGUCAAGAUCAACACGAAAGGCAGCGACAAUGCAGAGGAAAUGAGGCAUCGGUUUAGACAACUGGAUACAAAGCUUAAUGAUCUCAAAGGUCUUCUGAAAGAGAUUGUGAAUAAAAUCAAAUAAAA